AUGGCGGACGACGAGCUUGUGGCAGCAAUCACUUUCGGUUUGACUUAUUUUUAUUUUAAGUUUAAACAAAAUGAACUCAAAAGAAGAAGACGAAGGCGAUGGUGGAUGAUAAAAAUUCCCAAAAAUCGUACAAGACAAUUUAUAGAAGAAAAAUUUAGUGAGCUGCUUUAUGAACCAUCAGGACAGUUUCACAACUUUUGUCGUAUGAGUUUUUUAGAUUUUGAAUAUUUGCUAAACAAAAUUUCACCUCUAAUUUCGAAGCAAGAUACUGACUUCAGAGACGCCAUACCAGCUAAAUAUCGUCUAGCAAUAACAUUAAGAUUCAUCGCAAGUGGUGAUAGUUAUAAAAGUUUACACUAUUUAUUCAAAGUAUCCCCCCAAAUAAUAUCAAAAAUCAUACCUGAAGUCUGCAAUGCUAUUAUUAACCAAGUUCUGAGAGACGAAAUAAAGAUAUCAAACUCUUCG